UGAAUUUUACACGCACAGUGAAUCCCGGGGGGCGAAGGAACGCUCUGAGUGAGGCCCGGCCGAGGUUGUGAAUUCGGAGCGCGUGGUGCCUUUUGAACGAACGUCUUUGUGUUCCUGUUGCUCCGCACGAGGUGGAAGCCGCGAGCUCCAUUCGUGCUCGAUCGCCUCGAUCACCGACCGAGUGCCAGCGCAAAAUUUGAUCGACUCGAAUUCCUCUCUCGGCGUAUCGGAUUGCAAUUGUGUUGCCCCGGUGGGCGAGUGGUCGAGCACAUGCGAUUGUGGAAUUUGGUGUGGGGAUUUCGACGCUGAAUGGUGGUGGAAAGCCAUCGAUGUAGCGGAGAAAGUGGAGCAGAGGAGGAGGAGCAGCAGCAGCAGCUGACGGCGAGUUUUUGAAGACCGUAUUUGGGAAGCGAGGACACGAUGAGUGCCGCUUUGUCGAGGACCGAAAGAGCUCACCAGAAAUACAGAGAUGGCGAGUUCACCGAGGCCUUGAAGCUCUACUCCAGUGCUUUGGCUGUCGCCAAGCGCGCUCCCCAUCGCAUAGCCCUACACAGCAAUCGGGCAGCCUGUCACUUGAAGCUCCAAAGCUACAAAGAGGCUGCAGAUGAGUGCAGUGCAGUGCUGGAGCUGGACCCCAAGCAUGCCGGUGCACUCAUGUUGCGGGCCCAGACGCUGGUAGCCCUGAAAGAUUAUCACUCAGCUCUAUUUGAUGUGAACCGCCUCAUCGAGCUGGAUCCGUCUUCUCAAGUUUAUCGGGGACUGCAAGCUCGCCUCAAAACCCAAUUGACACUACCGGCGAUCACAGAAGAGGAGGAGGAAGAGGAGGAGGACCAGGAUGGACCUCAACCGGACUCACCGAACAGCUCGGCCGACAGAGACGCAGAGGCUUUGAUGAAUUCUUUUCCCACGGCCGAGGAAGACACUCCUCAACCCAAAGGCUGGGAUGCCAUCCCCAAACCUUUGGGCCACUCGCAAGUCAACUACUCUCGCUGGGAAAGCUUCGCCAACGACCUCAGCAGCGAUGAUUCAGAGGCGGAAGAGGAAGAGCCGCAGUACAGAUAUCGAUUCCGGGCAGUCAAUUUCGUGAAAUAAGCCCAACCUGAUUCGCUGGCAUGUCCAAGACAAAAUCGUAUUGUCUUUGUUUCUCUCGCCGACUGGAGGCAGGCAGGCAGGCUGGCAUUAGCCCCAGUUUGUCUGCUACUUCUGAUUGAGACGAAGCCAGCCUUACACAGAUGUUCCAUCCAUCGUGCACCCAACCAAACGCGAGAAAAAUCCCUUGAACUCGAGGAUUGCUCUACAGACCUUGUAACAUAGCAAUAAAUUUUCUUUGGUACGGGCUGUGUACGAAAAUGCCAAUCGGAAAUGCAGCGACUGUAUAUUUGCCGUCGGGAAUUCGCAGCGGAUCUGGACAUAUUUGAUGUGAAUGUAGUGUAGGCUACGAUUUGUUCUGUGCAGUAUACCCCAGCUUUUUUCAUAAUUUAAUAACAUUCUGGCAAGAUGUUGACACCCUCGGUGUUAAUUCACCUUUCCCACACUUACUGUAGGCCAUGGGUUACACGUGAGUUGCAUAUUUAAAUGUGUAAAUGUUCUUGCAACGGUUCUGUAAUUUCAUCAUACAAGCUAGCUAUCUGC